UGAUGGGCACAGGGCAGGCAGGCCCCUGGGGGAGGGGUUGGAGAAGGGAUGCUGGUUUCUGAAACAAGGAGAGUCCACAUCCAGUGUCUGAGGCCAGGAAUACCCAGGCAGGGCCCUGCUCACCCAUGUUCUCCUGUGUUCCCAGCUGGUUCAUGGGACGGCGGCCCGAGUACACAGAUCCCAAGGUGGUGGCUCAGGGUGAAGGCCGGGAAGUGACCCGUGUCCGCUCUCAGGGCUUUGUCACCCUCCUCUUCAACGUGGUGACCAAGGACAUGAGGAAGCUGGGCUACGACACUGGGCCUGCAGACACACAGGGAAUCUUGGGACCCAGCCUGCCCCAGGGCAUCCCCCGGUGAAGGCAUCAGCCUCUGGGAAAGGCUCUUUUGGAGUUGGCCACUGACCCAUCAGCCCAAAGUGCAGCCUGGUGGUGGAAGCAGGGGCAGGGGCGCUGCGGGGGACAGUUUUAUAUAAUAAAGUGUCAUGUUUUCAGAGCCCUG